AUGAAGUUUUCUUAUUGCUGUUUUUCAAAGCUGAAAUGAAUCUACAUUGCUCAGGAGUAUAACAAAUUGUCAAUGGUGAAGGAAGGGCACAUCUCACUUGUCCAAUAUUUUUGUUUAUUUUUUUUGUUUAUUUUUUCCUCCAUUUAUUUAUUUUACAGAUAGAUGGCCUUUAAUUUACUUUAAUUUACUUUCAUGACUUAAUCCCUUUAAGGUUACUGACUAUUGAAGUAAUAAUGUCCAAAACGAAACACACGUUUCAUUGUCAUCUCACCAAAAAUAUCAAUAUCAAACUCAAGAGUGUUUCAUGUUAUAUUCAGACACUGAGAAGUGGUUUGAAAAAAGGGUUUUGCAAGACCCACUUUGAGGAUUCUGGAUAUUGGAUGAAAUACUGCGUGGAAUUUAAUACAAAAAUGUAUAGCUUCUCUCACAAACAAGACGUUUUGAAGAAAUUCAACGCUUAAGUUCACGAAAUCAUAUAGGAGUUGCCUCUGAUAUCCGAACCACUGUCAAAGUAGUGAUUUCCUUGGUUUGUUAUCGUGGAUUACUUUUUGAGAAUCAAGCUCAUUUGUGGCCUUUGAUUUACANGGAGUUGUAAGAGGACGUGGCAGAGGAACACCAGUGAGAAGCAGACCACUUCCAAGAACAACACGGGUGUGGACAAGAGACAGUGCUUCAUUAGACCAUCGACCAAGGCGGAUCAGUGUUGGAGAAAUAACGACUGAACAGAAGGAAGAUAUUACAUAG